AUGGCGAACCCGUACCAGCGCUUGCUGACCGAGCUGCCGAACCCUGAUGGCGGCUCCUUUGGCUCGUAUUACAGCCUCCCCGCGCUCAACGACCCUCGCAUCGAUGAGCUGCCAAUCUCCAUUCGGUAUCUUUUGGAGUCCGCCAUUCGCAACUGCGAUAAUUUCCAGGUCAUGGAGAAGGAUAUCGAAAAGAUCCUGGACUGGGCCAACACCUCCCAGCACCAAGUCGAGAUCCCGUUCAAGCCUGCGCGUGUCAUCCUGCAGGAUUUCACUGGCGUUCCCGCUGUUGUGGACCUUGCUGCGAUGAGGGACGCCAUGAAGGAGUCUGGCGGCGAUCCGAAUGCCAUCAACCCUCAGGUCUCUGUGGAUCUUAUGAUCGUCCUCUCGGUGCAAGUGGAUUACGUAGGGGCGUUCAACGCGGUGCCAGUGGAUCUGGUGAUCGGCCACUCGGUGCAGGUGGACUACGGGGGGGUAUCCAACACGCUGAGCCUUCUGAGGCGCCUUGGAGUCAAUUCUGUCCUUCCCGCGCUUUCCCUCCCCCCUCUUCCCCUUCCCCUCCUCCCCCCUUUCCCCCACCAGGUUCCCGUGGAUCUGGUGAUCGACCACUCGGUGCAGGUGGACUACGCGGGGGCGUCCAACGCGCUGAGCCUCAACAUGGAGCGCGAGUUCGAGCGCAACAGGGAGAGGUUCGCGUUUCUCAAGUGGGGCUCCAAGGCCUUCAGCAACAUGCUCGUGGUCCCGCCUGGCGCUGGCAUCGUGCACCAGGUGAAUCUGGAGUACCUGGCACGGGUGGUGAUGGACAUCAACGGGCUGCUCUACCCGGACAGCGUUGUUGGCACCGACUCCCACACCACCAUGAUCGACGGGCUCGGCGUCGCAGGCUGGGGCGUGAAUCUGGAAUAUCUCGCACGGGUGGUGAUGGACAUCAACGGGCUGCUCUACCCCGACAGCGUUGUCGGCACCGACUCCCACACCACCAUGAUCGACGGGCUCGGCGUUGCAGGCUGGGGCGUGGGGGGCAUCGAGGCCGAAGCAGUGAAUCUGGAAUAUCUCGCACGGGUGGUGAUGGACAUCAACGGGCUGCUCUACCCCGACAGCGUUGUCGGCACCGACUCCCACACCACCAUGAUCGACGGGCUCGGCGUCGCAGGCUGGGGCGUGGGGGGCAUUGAGGCCGAAGCAGCCAUGCUCGGGCAGGCCAUGAGCAUGGUCCUCCCGCAAGUCGUGGGCUUUAAGCUCACGGGAAAACUCCAGCCGGGAGUUACCGCCACGGACCUCGUCCUCACGUGUACGCAGAUGCUGAGGAAGCACGGCGUGGUGGGGAAAUUCGUGGAGUUUUACGGGGAGGGGACGAGGGAGCUGUCUCUGGCGGACCGGGCAACGGUGGCGAAUAUGUCGCCAGAGUAUGGGGCGACCAUGGGGUUCUUUCCUGUGGAUUCGGUGACGCUGCAGUAUCUGAGGGUGACCGGGAGGGAUGAGACGAAGCUGAAGCAGAUUGAGACGUACAUGCGCGCGAACAAUCUGUUCAUGGACCAUACCACUGCUGGAGAGGCGGAGGCCAAGCGCAAGUACUCGUCCUACUUGGAGCUAGACCUCGCCACGGUGGAGCCCUGCGUCUCUGGACCCAAGAGGCCGCAUGACCGAGUGACUUUGAAGACCAUGAAGUCCGACUGGCACGCUUGCCUCGACAACCCUGUCGGUUUCAAGGGCUUCGCGAUCCCUAAGGCCCAGCAGGACAAGGCAGUGAAGGUGACUCUCAAGGAAGGGGUGGAAUCCGAGCUGAAGCACGGAUCCGUGGUCAUUGCUGCCAUCACCUCCUGCACCAACACGUCCAACCCGUCGGUGAUGCUGGCGGCAGCGAUCGUGGCGAAGAAGGCGAGUGAGAGGGGGCUGCAGGUGAAGCCGUACGUGAAGACGAGCCUGGCGCCUGGCUCCAACGUCGUCACCAAGUACCUGGAGGCCAGUGGCCUCCUCCCGGCUUUGGAGGGCCAGGGCUUUCACGUGGUGGGCUAUGGCUGCACAACGUGCAUUGGGAACUCGGGGGAGAUUCACGAGGCCGUUGGACAGGCCAUCGCUGACAACGAUUUGGUUGCGGCAGCGGUGCUCUCUGGUAACCGUAACUUUGAAGGGCGUGUGCAUCCCCUCACCCGAGCCAACUACCUUGCAUCCCCGCCCCUCGUCGUGGCAUACGCGCUUGCUGGCACGGUGGACAUUGACUUUGAGACGGAGCCCAUCAGCACUGACAAGGAUGGCAAGGAGGUGUUUCUGAGGGACAUCUGGCCCAGCAAGGAGGAGGUGGCCGAGGUGGUUGAAAGGGCGGUUCUCCCUCAGUUCUUCCAGUCAGUCUACAAGGCAGUGAAGGAGGGCGCCACCAACGCCCUCUGGAACAGCCUGCCUGCGGAGAACGAGCCUCUGUACCGCUGGGAACCGUUCUCCACCUACAUCCACGACCCGCCCUACUUCAAGAACUUCCCCCGCGACCCCCCUGGUGGCAAGGACGUAAAGGACGCCUUCUGCCUGCUCAACGUGGGCGACUCCAUCACCACCGAUCAUAUUUCCCCUGCAGGGAGCAUCCACAAGGACAGUCCUGCAGCAAGGUAUCUCACAGAAAGGGGCGUUCCCAGGAAGGAUUUCAACUCAUAUGGCAGCAGGCGGGGCAACGACGAGGUUAUGACUCGCGGCACGUUCGCGAAUAUCCGGCUGGUGAACAAGCUUGCGGGAGGAGAGGUGGGACCCAAGACGGUGCAUUUGCCCUCAGGAGAGAAGAUGAGUGUCUUCGAUGCUGCCAUGAGGUACAAGGCGGAGGGCCAUCCCACCAUUGUGCUGGCAGGGGCGGAGUAUGGAAGUGGCUCUUCCCGUGACUGGGCUGCCAAGGGACCGUAUCUGCAGGGAGUGCGGGCGGUGAUCUCCGUCUCAUUCGAGCGCAUUCACCGCAGCAACCUGGUGGGGAUGGGCAUCAUCCCGCUGUGCUUCAAGCCCGGCCAAAACGCCGAGACGCUGGGGCUCACCGGCAAGGAGCGCUUCUCCUUCUCCCUGCCGCCGGUGGAUCAGAUCCAGCCCGGGCAGGACGUGGUGGUUUCCACGGACAACGGAAAGUCGUUUACCUGCACGCUGCGCUUUGAUACUGAGCUCGAAAAGGCCUACUACAAUCACGGGGGCAUUCUGCACUUUGUGCUGCGUCAACUGCUGGCCAAGUCCACUGCUGCUUGA